AUGUUGCAUGAGCUGCACAUCCUAACUGCGGUCAGCCACCCCUGCUUGGUCAACCUGCUGGGGGCGAACCUGGAUAGGGACCAGGAGCCUCUAUUUGUUACCGAGUUUAUGGAGGGUGGCGACGUGGAGACGUACAUGCACAAGCAGCGUCAAGCAUCGUGCCUGGGCUGGCAGUAA